ACGGUACAACAGAAGAAGGACAGAGUUACAAAAGGACCAGCUAAGUGCAGGUCAAAGAACUCUCGGAGCAAGGAUAUCCUAGAGUCUUUCAAGGAGAGAAUGCAAUUCGUCAGCCAUUACUACCCAGAUUCUGAGAAACAUCCACCUAUGAAAAAAAGCAAACAGGGGUUGGAAAGCUCAUCUGAAAAGGAUGAUUCUGGAAAAAGCCCACUCAGUUCUUCCCUAGUGGACGAAAAGACCAACAACGGGGAUCUUUAUCAGACUUUACCUGAUGUGGGUUGGGAACUCCAGAGUUCUGGUCCAUCUGUGGAAAAGCCGUCUUCUUCCAGAUGUUCAGAGGAUAACAUGGAAGUCACGAACGGCGCAGAUUAUGACUAUCUAGUGCGGCAGAACUCCGAGCUGCUGAGAGCACUGGAGGAUCUGGAGAAGACCGUCUCCACACUCCGAGAGGAGAACAGCCUCCUACGUAAGAGCAGUUGUCCUGAGACAGAGGACAAGGUGAAGAGGCUGAGGAGGAAAAAUGCCGAGCUGGCUGUCAUCGCUAAGCGUCUGGAGGAGAGGGCACACAAACUGCAGGAGGCCAAUCUUAAAGUGGUGAAUGCCCCCAUCCCCUUAAAACCUGGCGCAGUAGAGCAAUAUAAGAGAGCAUUUGCGAGGCAGCGGGCACGAGACUUGGCUCAGCAUGCAGACACACUCCUCUCCAAAGACAAGGAGAUCGCCGCACUGCAGCACGAGUGUCGACAGCUAGAGGCCAGAAUAGGACAGGGCAAACAGGGUGGUCCUGGUCCCGUAGGAACGAGGGAGUUUGAGCGGUUGCUGAAGGAAUCUCAGAAGGAGGUGCUGCGUCUGCAGAGGCAGCUCUCGGUCAGCUCGGCUCGGGAUCAGAACUCAGCUGGAGAAGCCGAGAAAGAGCGAGAACAAAAAGAGACACCCGUUGUAUGUGAAACCCCGCACCCUGGAGUUGAUGAAGUCCUUGUUAAGGGGGAAAAAACCCAUGAAGAAGACGAGGAGGAGGAGUCAAAAGAACAAGUAACCCCAGAGCAGGACGCAAGCUCCGCCCACCAGGAAGAACAGACACAAAAGGACCGUAUAGAGUUUCUGGAAAGUGAGCUGAGCAAGAAGAGAAAAGAAUGUGAGGGUUUCGAGCAUGAAGUAAGAAAGAGGCAGAAGAGAUGUCUCGAUUUGGAGAGCCAGCUUGAGGAUGAGCGCAACAAAAAUGAGCGCUUAACAGAGGAGGCGGAACUCCUCAGGAGGAAGGCUCAGCUGCUUGAGCAGUCUCAGGUUGAGAAUGCGGAGCUGAGGGAGGAGCUCUCUGCAGUGAGCGCUCGGUAUAGUUCAGUUCUCGAGGAGAACCAGAGACUCCGUGCCAAGCUGGAGAACCUAGAGCAGGUCCUAAAGCAUAUGCGAGAGGUCGCAGAGCGCAGGCAGCAGCUGGAACUGGAACAUGAGCAGGCGCUGGCUAUCCUCAAGUUCAAACAGGAUGAAAUCAAACGACUUCAACGGGCUCAGUUAUUUGCUAAGAGGGAACAUGAAGGAGUUGUGCAAAUGCUGGAGGGGUUGAUCCAGUUUGUAUUGCAGAGAGAGCUGGCGAAGGUUCGGGAGCUGGAGCAGAAGUGCCGUAAUCAGAGCGAGCAGUUCAGCCUUCUCUCUCAGGAGCUGGACAAAUUCCGACAGCAAGCCUCUAAGAUCGACCUGUCAGCUCCUGGACUGCUGUGCUCCGGCCUCACACAACUUCCCAACGGCCUCAGUCUGCCUACAGACACCGAAUUGGCAGCUGUGCUUCGGGCCGGCUCGGCGCCAUACACGGCAGGUCUGUCCCAGGCCGAGCGCUCGCCAAGCACCAAGCACCGUGAGCUGCCCAGCCUAAACCCAAAAUCAGCCUCCACCUCCAGCACAUCUCCACCCAAAUCUGAAAACACACACCUGUCACCGAAAUCAGCAACAAACUCGCGCAAAGCCAGCCCCACUCACGAGGUGGACACUGCCAGUGAGGUUGAGGAUCUGGACAUCGAUGUGUCCCCUGUUCCAUUCCCAGCCAGCCGAGGAGCUGCUAAACUCCAGGUUUUUAUUGCCCGUUACAGCUACAACCCAUAUGAUGGCCCAAACGAUAAUCCAGAGGUGGAGCUGCCUCUCACAGCAGGGGAAUACAUCUACGUAUACGGCGACAUGGACGAUGACGGCUUCUAUGAAGGUGAAUUAAUGGACGGCCGUCGAGGCCUGGUCCCGUCCAACUUUGUGGAGCGUGUCUCAGACGAUGAAGCGCAUGAAGCCGCCGACUUUUCCCACAACUCCUUCCUGGAAAGCAGCUUUCACAGCACGUCAGAAAGACCACAUCCAUACCAGCACCAUGUGCGCUUAGGCAUCGCAGACAGGACAGAGGCCUCGGCUACCAGUGACAUAAGCAAAGCCGGUACUGUGCCACUCGUGAAUGGCAUGGAUACGGAUUUGGAUUUGGAGGAUGACACAGAGGCUCACAUCGUGCCUCAUCCUCACAAGCUGACUCUCAUCAAACAGCUAGCUAAGAGCAUAGUGUUGGGCUGGGAGGCACCUCCGGGAGGAGUUACAGUACGGAGCUACAACGUCUACGUGGACCAGGAACUGCGUAUCAGUGUGUCCACAGGGAACCCGACCAAGGCCGUGUUAGAGCGGAUGGAUACGAGCCAUAAGACCCACCGUGUGGCUGUGCAGAGUGUAACAGAGCAUGGUACCUCAGACCCAUUGCGCUGCUGCAUGCUGGUCGGGAAGGAUGUGUGCGCAGCACCCACAGAGCUGAGAAUAGAACGCAUCAUGGCCACUUCAGCCCGUCUUACCUGGCUACCUAGCAACAGCAGUUACGCACAUGCAGUCUCUUUGAAUGGUGAGCUGCAUGAGUUAGUGCAGGCCGGCAGAUACUCACUGCGCCUUGGUGAUCUUGUGCCUGGUCUGCACUACCGUGUUGAGGUGGAGGCACAGCUGCCAUCGGAGCAGAAGGAGCGCAAGUGUGCUGUCACCUCUUUCACCACACUUACCGCAGGUCCUCCUGAUGCUCCACUGGAUGUGCAGCUGGAACAGGGGCCAACCCCAGGGAUCGCUCAAGUCAGCUGGCUCCCUGUUACUAUUGAUGCUGCUGGGACUUCCAACGGGGUCCGUGUCACUGGCUACACCAUCUACGCUGACAAGAAGAAGGUGUUGGAGGUGUCCUCGCCCACAGCGGGCAGUGCUCUGAUUGGUCCUUCUCAGAUUGAAAUGCUUCAAGCGGCCCGCGAGCUCACCGUGCGCACCAUGUCUCCUCAUGGUGAGUCGGCCGACUCGACACCUGUGAAUGUGCCUGCCAAGCUACCUGCCAUCAUGGCAGGUGCCUCCAUGCCUCCCUGCCAUCCUGUGCCAGCCCACGCCAGUGUCCUAGCCGCCGGUGCCGUCAACAAGGAUCCCAAUGUCCGUGCCACCUCUCUGUCUGCUGCCAAAACAUCCACGAUGCCACUCAGCUCUAUACUAGACGCAAAUCCUUCUUCUCCCAUCAGGGACGUCUAUGCCAACGUACCCAAAGCUGCCACCAAUGAUGCCCUUCUGCCCACUGCUUCAUACGUAGAGGCAUGGGCAAAUCCAGCUGUGGCUGCACAGGAGGCACAGCCACUUUCUGGUGCCAGUGCCAACCUGCAGCAGGAAAGUGUACCUGCAUCAAAACCUGUGCCCACUCCUGUGCCAGUCCCGGUGCAUAUGCCCACAGCCAGUGCCCUGGUACCUCCAGCACAGCCCAGCGUAGCCCUUACAGCAACACUGGAGCCUAGCAAAGAGACCGAGGUCCCAGGGCCACAACGUUCCAUUACUUCUGUCUCUGAUUUCCUGGAUGACCCCAUACCACACAAGUCAUCAGCAACCCCCAGCGUGUCCAAAGUCAUGGUCCCUGGGACAGAUCUGCUCGAUGUGCCCGAUACACAUCCCUUGCGGCCACCUAACCCCUCACCUGUAGAGUCGGAGCCGGAGGGUGACAGGGAGAACACUCGUUUGGUAUCCCUCGAAGAGUUCCUGCGGCCUGAACCUGUUCCCAGAACAAAGGUAUAUGCAGGAGGUCUGAUGGACCCUCCUGCUGACUAUCAGGUGGAGAGCAGCCGUUCAGACCUAUCCGAUAUCCUGGAGGAGGAGGAAGAAGAUCUGUACUCCGAGUCUGCUGCUGAAGUAACACCCAUGAAUUACAGCUCUGGACCUGCAGGCAGGGAGGCUGCAGGUCUAGCAGACUCAGGAACGGCCUGGUGCAGCCCAAGAGACGUCUCUCCAAAAUUAAAUCGAUCGGAGACCAGAUUGCCUAGAGAUGUUGCAGAGCCAAGGCCAAUUGGUGACAGUGAAGUACGGAUUUUCGUUGCUCUCUUCCCAUAUGAUCCUUCAACAAUGUCACCCAAUCGCGAUGCAGCAGAGGAGGAGCUUCCCUUCAGGGAGGGACAGAUCAUUAAGGUCUACGGUGAUAAGGACGCAGAUGGGUUUUACCGCGGCGAGUCAGGUGGUCGUCAUGGUUACGUGCCCUGUAACAUGGUCUCUGAGAUUCAGGUGGACGAUGAGGAGACCAGAGAUCAGCUGCUUCAGCAGGGCUUCCUGUCCACUCAGACUUCUAUUGAGAAGAUGGGCACGCGCUCACUCGCUCAGCUUCCGCACCGUCCGGCUCCACCACCCAAACCUAGACGCUCCAAGAAAGUUGAAUCUGCAGCAGUUUUGGAGGAUGGUUCCACCAAUGAGUCCUCCAACCAAGAUAAUGCACGACACUCGGCCGUUGCCAUGAGAAACCCUGUACAUCGCAGGAUGGUGGCCAUCUUCGAUUACGACCCAAGAGAAAGCUCUCCUAAUGCUGACAUUGAAGCUGAGCUGACUUUCAAUGCUGGGGACAUCAUCUACGUGUUUGGAGACAUGGAUGAUGAUGGAUUCUUUUAUGGGGAUUUGAAUGGACAGAAAGGGCUGGUACCUUCCAACUUCCUUCAGGCUUUCCCAGAGAAAGGAGAUGAGUCAGCAGAACCUGAACGCACUAUCGCCAACAGUCGGAGAGACUCACAGGUGUUUCCUGUGCCAUGGAGGUGCAAAGCCAGGAUUUCAAUGUAUGGCCAGAUUUUGCUCUCGCAGGCUUCUAUAUCAUACCUACAUCUUCAGUCGUGAGUUGAAAAUGGUCUUAGAACACAUAAUUGCAUUGCAUUCAGCAGACGCUCUUAUCCACAGUGACAUGCAACAUACCCAGAGCAGCCUGGGGGGCAGUUGGGGGUUAGGUGCCUUGCUCAAGGGCACUUCAGCCAUUCCUGCUGGUCCAGGGAAUCAACCCAGUGACCCUUUUGGUCUGAAAACUGCUUCUCUAACAGUUAGGCCAUGGCUUCUGUCAUGUGACCGACUGUCCAAUUUACCACCAUUGCGACUAAAGGCAGCAAAUGUAAAAUAUAUUUUUUAAUUAAAAUCUGUGUGUGAUCUGUACUACAGUGCACACCUAAACGACACCGAAUUACAUGAAACUCACAGACAGCCACAAAUACAGUAGCACGAAUGACACAAUCGAAACAAAAAGCUGACUUGCUCACAUAUAAAGUUACACGUCUAGUCCCUCAUAAAGUGAGUCGCAAAGCGAAUGGACUGGAAUAAAAAAAAGUCCUGAUUACCUCAAGCUCACUUUGAAGAAUGUUGUAUUCUUUUAGUCAUAACGUUACUACUAUUACAACGAGGGCUUGUUACUGGUUAUGCAACGAUUUUCGUGAUCAUUAAUGAAAUGAUCUAAAAUGUCUGAUAUACAGUAGAAUAUUAACAGCAUGAGUAUCAGCUUCUAGGACGCGGUGGAUGUUCCAAACCAGAACAUCGCACACUCUUGCCAAACCUUUUGGUGCUCUUUGUGUUACUAUGACAGUAGGGAGCUGAUGAGAAAAAGAGGGGUCUAAGCACCAGAUACUCCGUAAGCGUAGGUUUCUGCUCAAGUUCAGUUUGAUUCUAUGCUGAACCAAAAGAUAUAUUUGAAUUAAAAGUAAAAAAAAAAAAAGCCGCAGCCCUGAUGGAUGCACUGUAGUGUACAAACUAUUUCUCUCUCUUAGUCAGUAGGUAACUGUUUUUUAGGUAAGCAACGAUCCCUAAGCUGUGCUAAGCUUUUCAGCCCGCUACUAUAGUUCACAAUCUUGUACCACAUUGAUCCCAGUGCUAUCGCUAGCGCUAAGCUACUCUCUGCUAAUCUGCACCCACAGCUAGACUACAGUAACUUACUAGCCUUACGAGACCUUGUUUAGUCUUACUUCGAUGUUUACUGACUGCAUGCAUGAAGGUGUCACGCCCAGCCACGGCCUUAUUUAUCGAUAUUUAAGUAUUUAUAAUAGUACUUUGCAUUUCUUUACUUCUACAAUGUAUUUGUAGGACUUUUUUUUUUCUUUUUUUUCACUGGAUGCAGUGGAGGCCAAGCUGGAAGAUCUCAGCUGAUACUUUACUCUGUGUAUGAUGUACAGUGUUCAGGUGAACGGUUUGCACUUUGUGAUUUUGACGUAUUUUCAAACAGUACGAGAAGCUUUAUUCUCCCGUCAGUCUCUCAGAAUUUCUGCAAGUGUCACGCGGAGAACAGGAACCCGUUUUGUAAAUCUGAGGUUUUGUAAUCGAUUUUUUGAAACUUGUAAAUAGGUCUCUCUCUCUCUCUUUUUUUUUUCCCUACAUUUUUUUUUUUUUUUGCAUGUUGAAGCAAGUUUUUGAGUGAUGACUAGUGAGAUCUUUCUUGCUCAUUGAAGGGGCCAUUGUCGUUUAGUCUGACCUUUUUACAGAUAAAAUAAAAUCUAUUUUUACAGAAAAAUGUAACUAUUAUUUUGUGAUGAUUUUGUGUGUGUGUGUGUGUGUGUGUGUGUGUGUGUAAAAACCUGCAACGUUUUUAGAUCAGUUAGCGAAUUAUUUCUGUAAAACCAUAGUGUAUGCAUGUAGACAAAGUGAAAUGCAAGAGACGGCAAAGUUUUUCUUUAUUGUUAUUUUUAGUUUUAUUAAUGAAAAGGGAAAGCAAAUUCAACAACGUUGCAUACUAAAACAUUCAGUUACAAAACAUCCAGAACAAAUCAAACACAUUAACAACAAGUAGCUUGGCUUUGUUUCUUCAUGUGCAGCAACUCAUGUGGCUGAGAAUUUACACAGUGAGUCGUGCACAGUCUUAUGAAACAAAGCCAGUUCCUCUUUUUCUCCGUCCACCAUGUUGAGUCGUUAAAAUGUGAGAACGUGCUCCCAGUAGCCAACAGUACACUCAUCCAUAAAGUAGGAAACACUACACUGUGGCGAGGGGUUUAGUAGUGCUUUCUACUUUAUGGAUGACUGCACUGUACUUCCCAAGUGCAGCUGUCUCCAGGUCUUCAGUUCAUCUGCGCUCAGAUACACCUGUAGUGUUAGUGGUUAAGAUUCCCCUCCCCCUUCUCUCUCUCUACACACACACACACACACACACACACACACACACACUUCCACCUUAUUUACAGCUGUCUGUGUAAGCCACACCCAAACAGUUACUCUAUUUUCAAUAAAUCAAACAUUUUAUUUACUUUUAAUUAAUUAAAAAAAAACAUUUUCAGGCAGCUUUGACCUGUUUCAUUAACCAUCUCUCAGUACCCAUACUGUAUGCUUAUUCACAGAAUUUUUUCAGACGUCUAUUUACUACACCAAAAAAAAAACUCAAGCCAAAACUCAAUUGUUCCCAAACUUCUACAUAAAUUCCAAAGAAAGUACUUUUCUUACAAACAUA